ACAAAGACACACGCUUCUUCUUCUUCUUCUUCAUGGACCAGAUAUGAUUCAAACCCUUUUCACCCACUACUGGGUUUCGCCGUUUUCUUCUUCCGCCGUCGUCUUCAAUACCACCGGCGUCAUCAACACCGCCGGCGGCGUCAAAACCAAGUGUCUACUUCAACCCCAAACCGCAAUCACCACCGUCGGCUCACAAACAUCAUCCAUUUCCGUUGAUACCCAAGAUCAAAAACUACUCUUUCUUCUCCGGCAAAGGAAAACAGAGGAAGCUUGGCUAAUAUACACCAACCAUGAUUCAAUUCUCCCUAGCCCUACUUGUCUUAGCAGAUUAGUUUCUCAAUUAUCCCAUCAAAACACUCAUGAAGGUCUCAUUCGAGCUCAAUCCAUACUCCAACGUCUCCGACGUGAACAGCAACUUCACCGUCUUGAUGCUAAUUCACUCGGUCUUCUUGCAGUUGCGGCUGCGAAAGCUGGUAAGGUACUUUAUGCAACAUCUGUUAUUAAAUCCAUGCUUAAAUCCGGUUACUUACCUCACGUUAAAGCUUGGAGUGCUGUUGUAAGUCGACUUUCGUCUUCACCUGAUGAUGGUCCGGCUGAAGCUUUAAAACUUUUUGAUUCAGUUCUUAGACGGAUUCGCCGAAUUGCUGAUCCUAAAGUUGUGGCUGAUUCGAAACCAGAUACUGCAGCUUAUAAUGCUGUGCUUAAUGCUUGUGCUAAUUUAGGUCAUACUAAUAGAUUCUGCCAACUGUUUGAUGAAAUGCCCGAGUUUGGUUGUGAACCAGAUGUUCUUACUUAUAAUGUAAUGAUCAAACUGCUGGCUAGAGCUGGAAGGAAAGAUUUACUUGUUUGCGCAUUGGAAACAAUUCUCAAUAAGGAAAUCCCAAUGUGUAUGACCACUCUGCAUUCUCUGGUUGCAGCCUAUGUUGGAUUUGGCGAUUUGGAUACCGCUGAGGAUAUUGUACAAGCUAUGAGGGAAGGAAGGUUAGACAUCUGUAAGAUUCUGAGAAACGCGAAUUCUGAAAACCAUAUCCAUAUUCCAAACGACCCUUCAUUUCAGAAACUACUUCCGAUCUCUGUUUGGGUUUCGAAUCGCAGGGAACCACCCUUGUUGCCGAAACCAUACGCACCAGAUUCGAGAAUAUACACCACUCUAAUGAAAGGUUACAUGAAGGAAGGAAGGGUAACAGACACGGUCAGAAUGCUGGACGCCAUGAGAUGUCAAGAAGACAGUUCAAGCCAUCCAGAUCAUGUCACCUACACGACAGUCGUAUCGGCUUUCGUUAAAUCCGGAUCGAUGGACAAUGCAAGAGAGGUGCUCGCUGAGAUGUCAAGAGUUGGAAAGCCUGCUAAUCGAAUCACAUACAACAUUCUCCUUAAAGGUUACUGUCAGCAAUUGCAGAUAGAUAAAGCGAAAGAUCUCAUCAAAGAGAUGACAUUUAUGAAAAUCGAUCCCGACGUAGUAUCCUACAACACACUGAUCGACGGUUGCAUAACAGUCGACGAUAGCUCCGGAGCCCUAACUUACUUCAAUGAGAUGCGAGAAAAAGGAAUUGCGCCCACGAAAGUCAGUUACACCACCCUCAUGAAGGCAUUCGCUUCCACCGGCCAACCGAAACAAGCCAACAAGGUUUUCGACGAGAUGUUAAAGGAUCCUCGUGUGAAAGUCGAUAUAGUAGCGUGGAACAUGUUAGUCGAAGGAUUUUGUAAACUAGGAUUUGUAGAAGAAGCGAAGAAAAUUAUAGAACAAAUGAAGGAAUCCGGGUUUAACCCUAAUGUUUCGACAUACGGAAGCCUUGCUUAUGGGAUCAGUGUUGCUAGAAAACCAGGGGAAGCUUUACUUCUAUGGAAUGAAAUAAAAGAAAGAUGUAACGAAUUGAAGCCCGACGAAGGGCUUCUUGAUACGUUAGCAGAUAUAUGUGUUAGGGCUGCGUUUUUCAGAAAGGCUUUGGAGAUUGUUGCGUGUAUGGAAGAAAAUGGGAUAUCACCUAAUAAGACCAAGUAUAAGAGGAUUUAUGUGGAGAUGCAUUCGAAGAUGUUUACUAGUAAACACGCUUCGAAAGCGAGGCAAGAUAGAAGGGUCGAGAGGAAGAGAGCCGCUGAGGCCUUUAAGUUUUGGUUGGGAUUGCCUAAUUCUUAUUAUGGAAGCGAAUGGAGGCUUGGACCCGAUGAUGAAGAUGAUCGCGCUUAAUAACAAAACAAACUCGGGUUUUCCACUUGUUUUGUAACAAUCAAUGUUUGAUCAAAAAUCACACCAGUUAGUGAUGAUAUAUAUGUAAGUUAUAGUGAAAUAUUAUGAAGAUUUUCUGUAUUGAAUCCAUUCUAGAUAGGUA